AUGAUAUCACGCAAAGGUCAGAAAACGAUUAAUGAAGGUGUCGUUGGUAAAUAUAUCAAGAAGGAUACUCCUCCAGACUUACCAAUUAUCAAUGUAUGGACUACUGGUAAUAACUGUAGAAGACCUCGCAGUCAACCUUUUAGUACUAAUGAUAGCAGUCAAAGUAUGGAAAAUAAGUUUGGUAAAGCGCAAACUAUAAGUGGCCAUGCUGGGAAAUAUACACCCAGUGAAUCAUCUCCAAACUUAACACACAGGUUUGCUAAUAUGUCUACAGGAAGUGAAGUUGGUAGUGUAGCCAGCAAUUAUAAUUCCCAACUUUAUUUAGAUCCUACUUUGGCUUCACAUUCAACACUAAAUGAUAUUGAUGAUUCAUUUAGCCGUCAGAGCAGCUACAGAUAUUACAAGCAAACUCAGGAGGAUCCUAUAUAUCAGAAUCAACAACAAGUUCAACAACAAAAACAGCAACAGUAUUCAUCAAGGGAGACAAGCAUGCAAAGAAUAUCAUCAAAUUUGAGUCUGGCUUCUAGACAUCAUCCACCGUCACCACACUCUAUCAGACUUCAUGCUACUGAGUCUUAUAAUGCAACAAAUCAAGGAUCUCCAAUAUAUACAAACUAUGUAAAUGCUUCACCACUACCAUAUCAUAACAAAAGUCAUGGUAAUUUGAUUUCAUCCAGUCAAGCAUCCGAUGAGUGUGACCUACCUUUGCCACCUGGAUGGUCUGCUGACAGGACACUCCGUGGCCGACGUUAUUAUAUGGACCACAAUACUCAAACAACACAUUGGACUCAUCCAUUAGAAAGUGUGCCUCGACCCUGGCAACGUGUUUCAACACCACAACAUGGAGUUUACUAUUUUAAUGAAAUCACACAGCAGACUACAUACGCACAUCCAUGUUUAGUGGGAGGCUGCUAUUUAGUAAGCCCACUAGUCCCUACUCUAGUACCACCAUAUCUUUUAGAAGAGAUACCUCACUGGCUUGUUGUUUAUUCAAAAGCUGAUCAAGAGUUGGAUCAUAAACUGCAUUGGAACAUGUUUAGACUGAGUGAAUUAGAUUGCUAUUCAGAUAUGUUGACACGUCUUUACAAGCAAGAAUUGCAGUUGAUUGUAAUGAAAUAUGAACAGUAUAGGUCUGCGUUGUUGCAAGAAUUUGAAAGAAGAAGACGAGCUAAAUCAUACAGUACACAUUCUAAUUAA